GGACCAAACCCGGAAGCAGGACACUUUCCUCUUUGUUUUGGACUAAAUAGAAAAGCAGUGACUUGAUAUUUUUUUUGCCAAAUCUCUGUUUAGGCUUUACAUUUAGAUCGGAGAGAGUCAUAUCGCAUCAUAAUUUGUACUAAUUUGUCCUAAUACUUUGAAAUGAUCGGAGCAGCAGCAACGACAUGAAAAGAAACGGCACAUAUAGAUUUUUAUCCGUAUUCUCUUGCUUUGUGGUUUGCGCGUUUAUUUUCAUUUUCUGGUUCUUUAUUUUUUACUCCAUGGUUCUUGCUCCGUAGUUCACAUUUUAUAGUUUAAUUAAAAGCUACUACUGCUACUACUUACCCAUAAUGCACUGCUUUAUUGACAAGUCCCGUGAUCACAUGACCACCGUGACCAGGAAGUAACGAUUUGGGUUUUGUAAGUUCCUGAUAAUAGCACCAUGGCGUCUGAAGCUGGAGAAGCCACAGGAGCUAAGUCUGAUUUGAAGCUGCAGUUUGCUCCAUUCAGCAGUGCUCUGGAGGCCGGCUUCUGGCACCAACUCACCCAGAAGAAACUCAAUGACUACAAGCUGGAUGAGAGCCCCAAGAGCAUCAAAGGCUUCUACUACAAUGGUGACGCAGUUGGCUUACCCACCCGACUAACUCUGGAGUUUAGUGCUUUUGAAGUUGAUGGCCCAACCCCCAUCCGCUGCUGUCCGGCCUUAGGAACCCUCUAUAACAUGAACACACUAGACGCCUUUAAAGCCACCGAUAAGAAGGCAAUGCUGGAGAAAGAAGCCAGUGAGAUAUGGGACGCCAUAAAGUCAGGAACUGCAGUAACUGACCCCUCCAUUUUGUGUAGAUUCAUUCUCCUCACCUUUGCAGAUUUAAAGAAGUACCAUUUCUAUUAUUGGUUUUGCUUCCCAGCGCUCUGUUUUCAAGAGGGAAUUAAGAUUAUCAAAGAGCCUGCACUCAUCGAGAAAGUAUUUUCAUCCAAACAAAUUGUAGCCCUGCAGGAGGCCUAUGAUGACCUGUGUGUGAAAAGGGGCAACUCAGCCGUCCCUUAUUUUCUAUUGAAGUACAGUGAAGACUCAGUGCAGAUGGCCGAUCUCAAAGACUGGGACUCUUUCUUCUCUGAUACGAAGAAGGUUUCAGUGGGCGUCUAUGAUCCGUGUACUCUGUCCCAACAUCCGGGCUGGCCUCUGAGAAAUCUUCUGCUCCUUAUCGCUUACAGAUGGGGGUCUAAGCUGGACGUGCUGGAGGUGCUGUGUUUCAGAGACAGGACUCUACAGGGCAGUCGCUCCAUUAAUCACAGUUUAACUUUCCAGCUCAAACUGCCUCCUCUGGCUCCUACCUCGGUUUGUCCAAAGAGCGUGGGCUGGGAGAAAAACGCCAAAGGAGCCAUGGGACCCAGGAUGGUGAAUCUGAGUGAAUGCAUGGACCCUAAAAGACUGGCUGAAUCAUCUGUGGACCUGAAUUUAAAGCUGAUGCGCUGGAGGCUGGUUCCUUCUCUGGACCUGGACAAAGUCAUCAGCACCAAGUGUCUGCUGCUGGGGGCGGGCACCCUAGGGUGUAACGUGGCCCGAACUCUCAUGGGCUGGGGAGUCAGACACAUCACAUUUGUGGAUAAUGCAAAGAUCUCGUACUCUAACCCCGUCCGUCAGCCUCUGUAUGAGUUUGAGGACUGUCUGGGAGGAGGCAAGUCUAAGGCCAUGGCUGCAGUUGACCGGCUCAACAAGAUCUUCCCCGGGGUGAAUGCAGAGGGCUACUCGAUGAGUAUCCCCAUGCCGGGUCACCCAGUGAACUUCUCUGAGGCUACAGUGUCCCAGGCUCAGAGGGACGUCCAGCAGCUGGAGCGUCUCGUUUCUGAACACGACGUGGUCUUCCUCCUCAUGGACACCAGGGAGAGUCGCUGGCUACCCACCGUCAUCGCUGCCAGCAAGAGAAAGUUGGUGAUAAAUGCGGCUUUGGGCUUUGACACAUUUGUGGUCAUGCGUCACGGUCUGAAGAAAUCCUCCGUCUCUGACAGUGCUUCGGCAGACUCCUCUACUUCCUGUUCUUCCUCCACCUCUUCCUGUGCAUCCACUCCGGCUGGCCCCGCCCCCUCCGCUCCAGGCUCCUCCCUCUUCUCAAACAUCCCCGGACACAAGCUGGGCUGCUACUUUUGCAAUGACGUAGUGGCACCUGGAGAUUCGACCCGGGACCGCACCCUGGACCAGCAGUGUACAGUGAGCAGACCAGGACUGGCCAUGAUCGCUGGAGCUCUGGCUGUGGAGAUGAUGGUGUCCAUACUACAGCACAGUGAAGGUGGCUAUGCAGUGGCGAGCAGCAGUGAUGACAGGAUGAACGAGCCGCCCACCUCUCUGGGUCUAGUGCCACAUCAGAUUCGAGGUUUUCUCUCAAGGUUUGACAACGUCCUCCCCGCUAGCCUGGCCUUUGACAAGUGCACCGCCUGUUCACCCAUAGUCUUGGAUCACUACGAGAGAGAAGGCUUCCACUUCCUGUCCAAGGUCUUCAAUUCCUCCCACUCGUUCCUGGAAGACCUCACAGGGCUGACGCUGCUGCACCAGGAGACGCAGGCGGCCGAGAUCUGGGACAUGAGCGACGACGAAAGCAUUUAAGAACAAACUAAACAACAUCAGAUGAGGACUUUUCUACUUUUGUGUCUUUGAUUUUUUUAUGUGAGUUUUGGAUGACACAAAACAUCAGCCGUGAGAAUCCUGCUUCAAGAUCAGCCAAAGAGUUGGACCGGACCAAGUUAAGUGUUUUUGUGUUUUAUUGAUGAAGAAUGUGAGACCAGCGUAAUGUUUACAGAUUUAAGACCACACUGUACAGCAGCUCGGAAUAAAUCACAAACCAGAUAUUAUUGGAGAGAAAAAAAAUACAAGGAAAUUAUGUACUCGUUAUUAUUCCAAUAUUUUAAUUUUAUUUCAUUUUCUGCAAAUAUAUCAAUGGAUGAUUUUUUCUGUCAUAUUAAUCCCUAAAAUGAGUUGAAUGUAGUUUUUAUUUUGCUGUUCUUACACUGGCUGCGGUUACAUGCGCAAUAAAAUCGAAUUAUCUGAUUUCUGGACCUUUUAAGAUGAUUUAAAUGACAUUCAAACUGCAAACUCUGAUGUGAGUGAUCAGAAGGACCAUGAUCAAAAAGAAAUGAUUUGAUGAUUUUGCUGUUUACAUGUAAUUUUAAUAAUAUUGUACACUCCAUCAGUCUGAUUUUGAGUGUGCAGGUAACUCAUAGACUGUAUAUAUAAAUGAACGUAGCUAACGUGCGUUCUAAAUAAUAAGUGAUCAUGGGCGCGCUUCCGGCUCCAUCGACUCUGGCUCCAAUUCACAAAAACUGUCGCCCCUCUCUCUGUAACUGCUGCUGUCGUCAUUUUGGUCUUAAAAUGUUCGUAUUUAUUUGCCUAUUUUGUCUGUAAAUAAAAAUAUGAACAUUAAUAACAGACAAAUCAGGCGCUUCUUUCUCUGAGGUCAGUCCCACUAGUUUUAGCAACAGGUUUGAUUGACAGCGUUGCUAAGCACCUGCUUCCUGCUAAACCAGUAAUGCGGGUAGGAAGAGGCGUUACCUUCAACAGCCUGGCUCUGGAUUGGCUCGUUGGUUGCUAUGAUACUUGUGAUCGGAAUUCCAAAUGUGGAACUCUGCUUCAAAUUGGCCCCUAUAAGAGCACAAGCCUCGAUGAGCUUUAUUUGACUGGAGCCGAACGUUGUGGGUGACGUCGCACUCACUUAGUCCACUUCUUUAUACAGUCUGUGAUGUAACCGCAGCCAUUGACCCAUCAGGGCCACCAUACUACCAUACUACUCUGUGUAUUACUCCACAGUUGUACUGAAGUAAGUAUAAUGAAGCAGUGUAAUAAAUCAUUUUCAACCAUAGUUUCAGAUAGUAGCAUGCAGGUAUGUCUAUUACAUCAUCUCAAAUUGUAUCGUUCAGGAAAUCAGUAUUUAACUCUCCAUGUUUUAAAUGUGCUUUUUGUUUGAUAUUACGACGUUGUCUUUUACAUCUGGGUCUAAAUGCAUGUUUACAUGUCGUCUGUCUGAGCAGCUAACACCAACUGCUACUGUACUGUUUGUAAUGUACAUUUGAACUGCAGCUCGUGUUUAUAAAUGUGUGUGAUUUCACAAUAAAGUCUGUAUUACAUG